ACCAUAAUUAUUAUUCUCGUGUCGAUGUGGAUUACAUGGAAUUAUGCAUUACAACACGUAUUAACAGGUCCAGAUAGAGUCCCCUAUAUAAUUAAAAAUGCUGUUCCGCAUUUUCAUUUGUGUCUCCGAUUUCGGAACCCAAGACUAAAUUUUCUGAAUGCUACAUUUCAUACCGUUAUGCAGACGUAAGUUGUGUUUUGGCGAAGCCUUUGGUCAUAAGCCGGUAUUGCUGUAAUAUUCGCGCAGCCUAGCAAUUCAGACCUAGGGAAAGAGACAAUAAUUAUCAUUAUGUCGGGCAUGGAAAUCGAAGAGUUAAUUCUAAUUAACGAAUCAACUCAUUUUAUCAAUAUGACUACUAUGGAGAUGACAUCAAGUUCACCUCGUUACAUUUCAUUGAUGGAUCAAGUCUUUUCAAUGGCGCAACUCGUUCCGAUUUUAAUACUGUUUGGUGUUUUCAUGAUAUUUGGAAUGCUUGCAAAUGCUGUUACAUUUAUAGUUAUAUCGAACAGUAAAAAGACGGCUUUUAACGUAUUCAUUAUGAGUUUGUGCGUUUCUGAUUUUUUAUCAGCAGUCAACAGUCCCUUGAUUGUCUACAGAGCUUUGAAAGCAUUUGACGAUUAUCGACUCCCCGUAUUUUUUUGCAAGCUUGGAUUAAGCAUUGACUAUUGGACAUCAAUUUCAACGAUUCAACAUAUUUUAAUCUUCAGUUUUCUUCGACUUUACUGCAUCAAGUUUCCUCAUAAAUUCAACAGAAUAACUGUAAAUGGUUCGACGAUUAGCAUUGUUAUCAUCUGGUUCGAGACAUUUUUUGUUGGCUUUUUGGUCUACAUGUUGUGGCCCGAUGUUCAAUACCUUCCUGAUACUAUUCCUCCGCGAUUCAAAUGUGGAAUGACACGAGCUUGGGCACCAACCAUGUUUCAAUACGCCAUGAUCGCGUUUCCAAUUUUCAUCUACGCGCCAAUGGUCUUAAUUUUGCUGACAUGUUUAGCGGUAGCAAUUGUUUUGCUGCAGAGAAGACGUGAUAAAGAAAUAGGCGGACGAGUAGGAAGCAAAAAAGAAAGAUUUGCAUUACUGCAACUGGCACUCAUUGUCAUCUCGUUUCUAAUCGGGUAUUCAGCUGAUGCAUCUUAUCGCGUGACUGCAAUAUCAUCAAUUCAGAGAGGAAAGCCGAUCUCAGCUCGAACAGAAUUGAUUUACAGCCUAAUAUCGCAUUGUCUGUUGCGAUUAUCUGAAUGUCUAAACCCGAUUUUUUACAAUUUUUCAUCCAGCGAGCUACGGAGUGCAACGAAGAAGUAUAUUCUUCAGAAGUUUGAAACAAUUUCUUCCUCCAAAAUUGGCCCGCUAGACACAACCAAAAAACACCAAUCAAGCGACACGGGAACAACUUCAAAACGAAUUUCUUCGUCAACAUAACGAACGAAUGAGAGAAUUUUCAGUUUCGUUUUCUCAUUUAGUCGAAAGGACUGGAAUGGUUUUACAAUUGUUGCUGCAAUUUGAAAUCGUACAAUGUUUUUAUUUAUAUUUUCAACUGUCAACUGCUUUCAUGUCAACUGCUGUUACAAAAACAUUCUAGUCAGCUAGGGUUAAUAAGUUACAUGUAAAUAUUGUGAUUUGCACAUUUUGUUGUCGAAAAAAACUUUGUCUAUUUGCAUAAUUUUUAUAUAAUUUCAACUACACUAUGAGUUGCAUAUUUACUAAAAUAACUGCCGUAAUUAUAAUUUGUGACCAAAGUUGAAAAACGAGCACAAAAUGUCAUCAAUAGCACUAUUAUUAGUUUCAAACUCGUACUAUCUGUACUGUAGUCACUUACUGAUCUACAGAGCACAUAAAUUCUGGCAUGGAAUGUUUUAGAUCGGUACAUUAGCUCGGAUUUUUUAAUGUGACAAGAGUAUAAUAUACAAUCAUUAACUUACACGCGACUUUUGUCGUGAAUUCUUUUUUGUAGGUUCGAAUUACUAUUUAAAAAAGUUUUAUUACGCUGGACAAUAGUCAAUUAGACUGCUCAUUUUGUCCAUUUGGAGUUAGACAAUUGUACAGUGUCCUAUUUUGCACAAUUUAUUUCUCUGUUGUGGUCAGACUUCGUAAACGUUCUCUUUUAUUGUGAACAUUUCUUUUUCUGUUGUGGUCACACUUCGUGAAAAGAAGCAGUGCUAUUUCAGAAGCCGUGCUAAAUCAUCAGUAACUUUGCCAACGUCGGUCACUGAUUUAUUGAAUAGUCUUAAUUGCAUUACAAAGAUUCGGCUGAUUCCUCGUAAAACUACCGUUUUUUUCGAUAACUGAAAACAUGUUUAAAAACAUUUAGCCCGCGCAUUUUAUUAGAAAUCCGUGCCAUAAAUUUUGAUUCCAUUUGUUACAGUUAGUUCAAAUCCUAUCUACGGCUCUAUUUAUAACUUUCUUUUUGUUUUUAAUUGAUAUUUACUAUUUUUUACUUGUUGUUCAUGGAAUGGGAGUCCGAUAUCUUCAUGCAUCUAUGUGCUUUCCUAUGAGAUUCUUGCUGUAAGCUAACAACGAAUUACUAACGUGAAUCUAACUGGAAAAUUUCAACGAGUUCAAGUUUUGGUAUCUUGAUGUUGUACCUUUGUUGUAUUCUUAUUUUAAAAUAUAAUUGUCAAAAAUAUUACAUAUAUAUAUACUGUA